AUGUCGCAAAACGAGCACGACCUUUCAUCGAGCAAUUUUACAGCGUGCAUUUCAUCAAAAAUGAUGGAGAUUUUGGACGGAAAGUUGGACUAUGAAAAUGAACAAAUGGAAGAGUUUUACAAUUCUCCCGACUAUGUUUCAGCACACCACGACUCCGAGAUUUUAUCAUUAAUUCAUCAAAGUAAAAAUGAGAUAGAAGAUAUCAAUGUGCGAAUCGCACAACAAGAGAAACAGUUACAAGACAUACAAAAUGAAAUCCAAAUAAAUAAAGAAACUAUUGAAAAUGAAUCAAAGCCAUUACGUGUGAUAGAGACUUCCCUUCAGACUGUCUUACACAACAAAGAAAUCACCAUCACACAAAUCGAUGAAGUUCAAACACAAAUUGAAGAUGUGAUGAGACAAAUCGAAUUAACAAAACAGCAAUUAGCAGAGUCCCAAGACAAUUUAUUCCACUCCGAGAAGCAACGGAAAGUUCUUCAUAACGAGAUGAUGGAGUUGAAAGGUAACAUCAGAGUCUUCUGUCGUGUUCGUCCAAUCAUAUUCGCCCCUUCCGCAACAAUGUAUGUCAAAGAAAAUUCUAUAGUUUAUCAACAGACGGGGUUUUCUGGAAAUGUUGAGAAGCUAUCAUUCACCUUUGACCGGAUUUUUAGCUCUUUAUCUACACAAGACGAUGUCUUCUCCGAGAUCAGUCAGUUGGUGCAAUCGAGUUUGGACGGGUAUGAGACGUGUAUAUUUGCAUAUGGACAGACAGGAAGUGGGAAGACAUACACGAUGGAAGGGGAGGAGAGCCAUCCUGGGAUGAUACCACUUGCAGUCUUGCAGAUCUUUAAGACGAUUCGAGACUUGGAGAAGAUAGGGUGGGUAUACAAAGUGUCUGUCCGCCACAUCGAGGUCUACAACAAUAACAUCUUUGAUUUGUUGAUCAACGGUCAGAACUCUGCGAAGCUGCAGAUCAAGUACGACAAGGGCAAAAUUGUUCUCCCCAAUGCCACGAAUGUAGUUGUGGCGAAUGAGUCUGAAAUUUUCAAGCUUCUUCAAAUAGCGCACCGAAACCGUUCUGUCGCCGAGACGGAGUACAACACGACAUCGUCGAGGUCACAUAGUAUUUUCAUUCUCGAAUUGUGUGGGGAGAAUACUGAAUUUAAUCAAAGGCGCCUCGGAGGCUUGACUUUAGUUGAUUUAGCUGGGAGCGAGAAGUUGAAUCGGACGAUAGGUAUUGAGCGGGUGGAAGAGACGAAGAGCAUUAAUGUCUCAUUGUGUGCAUUACGUGAUGUCAUUGCUGCGAUCAGUUCCAAGGCGUCUCAUAUUCCUUAUCGCAAUUCCAAGUUAACGGAAGUCCUUCAGAAUUGUUUAGGGACGAAUAGUAAGAUGUUAAUGUUUGUGAAUGUCUCUCCUGACGAGCGUGAUAUCUUAGAAACGAUCUCGUCACUUCGGUUUGCCACAACAGUUAAUAAGUGUAGUGUUGGUGUCGUUACACGUAAACUUUAG